AUGACGAAUGACAAAAGACCUCGUCUCAAAACAAUGACAGAGCAUAUCUCUGAUAACAGACAUAAAAUUUCUGCGUCUUUUUCAUUGCAACAACGUUGUUCAUUACGUGUGUUUGAUUAUUAUAUAACACCUGACAAAAUUCCCGAUUUUUCAUACUGUACAACAAAUAUAACUACACAAAAGUUUUGUUCGCUGAACUUUUACUCAGAUGACAAUCGUAAGACAAGCAAAUUACGUGCCUAUCCAAACGAUGGUAUUGAACAUGUCAGCGUUCCUUAUAUACUAGCUGGAUUCGAUGUGCCCAAGGAUUUCAACGGUAAUUUCGGUAUGGGUCUUCUAUAUCAAUGCUUGACAGAUAAUUGUAAUCAUCCACAAACAAUUCUGAAACGAAUACUACAAGCAACAACGAUUGAAACAUACCAACCUGUUCCAUUACUUUCAUCAUCCGAGCCUCCCACGUGCUUUACAUAUAAUAAUUUUACAAGUAUCGAUAUUUGCCGUCCGUCGUUUCGUAGAGACCAGUCAUCACGUUCAAAUGAUAGUUGUUCAACGUAUUGUGUAACGUCUAUUCGAAUUGAUGCAACUGAUUUGAAGACUGAAAGAUUGUGCGCGUAUUGUGAACAACAACCAAUGGAACGAUUUACGUAUAUUGAUGAAAGAGUGUUCUUACUGAACGAACGAACAAGUCGUUUACAACAACUGGAAUUCGUUUGUAAUUCGAGUAGUUAUUGCAAUUCAUUAGAAAACAUACGAAAAAUUCAACAGCAAUACAAAAUCGAAUUCGAUUUCGACAAAUUCGAUGAGAAAAGCGCUGCAACAAUGUUAAGUACAUCUAUCCUUGGAUAUUUUCUACUCUUUUAUAUAGUAGAUAUCACACGUGUAAUUGUAUUGUAA